AACAGCAGUUUCAUGAGGACAGAGAGAAAGGGACAACAUGCAAUAUGAUACUUUGUCACUGUCUUCACUCUCACUCAGAUCCCAAUACCUGGGAAGGGCUUGGCCAGGCUCUCACAACCGCUUUGCCUCACACUCUGCUCCCUACCAGCAGACAGCUCUCAGAAUAACAGCAUUACGUGGCAGGAGGCCCUGAAGUCUGAGCCAGGGCCAUGGAGGGCUCUGUGCUGAGCCCCGCAUCCUGGGAGAAGCGGCGGGCCUGGCUCCGGCAGAGCCGCCACUGGCAGACCCAGAUCUUGGAAGAGGAGGCUGCCGCUGCCCUGCAAGGUGUCUCAGAUCCGGAGCCUUCCAGCCUGGAUGAUGUUUUCCAGGAAGGGAAUCCGAUCGAUAAGAUUGAAGACUGGCUGCAGGACUGCGGAUACUCUGAAGAAGGAUUUUUUGAGGAAACAGGACAGUCAGGCUACAAUGGGUGCCUCAGCCAUGGAACCAGCUUUGAAGAUGAUUUGACCCUCGGGGCAGAGGCCACACUACUGGCCACCAAUAGCAAAGUCUUCUCCAGGAGUUUCCUGGAGACAGCCCGGCCCUGCCAGCUACUGGAUCUUGGCUGCAGUUUGGCUUCCAGCAGCAUGACUAGUGGGACCAAUAAGACUAGUUCAAGCAUCUCUGAGAUUCUGGACAAGGUGCAAGAAGAUGCAGAAGAUGUCCUCUUCAGUCUAGGCUUUGGCCAAGAGGACCACAGAGACACUUCUCGGAUUCCUGCCCGAUUUUUCACUACCCCUUCUCAGGCCAGAGGCAUUGAUUUCCAACUCUUCCUAAAGGCCCAGGUGCAGAGAAUUGAGAUGGAGGACCCUUGCCUCAUGCUGGCCAGCAGGUUUAAGCAGGUACAAACACUGGCCGUCACUGCUGAUGCCUUCUUCUGUCUCUACUCCUAUGUGUCUAAGACACCUGUCCAAAAGUUCACACCAUCCCACAUGUUCUGGAACUGCAACCCAACUGAUGUGCCAUCUAUCAAGAUUCUGGCUCCAGAACCUGAACUUCAGUCACCCAGAGAGCGCCUCCGGAAAGCCAUCUCCAAGAUGUGCCUGUAUACAUGCCCCCGAGAUCGGCUAUCACCACCCCAUAACAUCGCCAAAAGGAACAGCUUGGACCAAGUGGUAUGGGAAGUGAUGGACAGAGUGAGAGGAGAUAAACUGGUCUUCCAGAAAGACCUUGGGCCAGGCUCAGAGGAAGAUCCUCUUCCCCCAACCAGGGAUAUGAAGCUGCCCACUUCUUCCGGUCCAUGUGCCCUUUACCCCAAAGAGGAAACCCAGCAGAGGAUAUCUACAAUGCAAGCACCAUCACAAACUCUGGAUUCUAACCCAGAGGCAACCUGUUGUACACAUUCUCUGCCCAAAGCAGAUCUACAGUGGAGCACAGACCCUGCACAGGUUAAGAGAGAGCUGUGGGGUCUACAGGCCACCAAUAAGGAAGUCCAUUCAGCCAAGGAUGAGACUUUCUGGAAAAGAAAGAGCAGAGAAAGAAAGAGCCUGUUUCAGAAGAAUCCCAUGAGCAGAAUGGUUAAGUCAUUGGACCUGUCCAUCAUCCAGCAGAGCCAAGAGCACCCAGGACUGCACCCAUCUCUAACUCAGCAGCUGCAGGACACUUGUGAAUUGGAAGACAUGAGAGGGUUGGGGGCAAGAGAGAGGCUGGUACAGAAAGACUUUGUAUUCUUGCCAUUGGGUAAAGGGAAUCCAGGCUCCCUAUCCUCACCAGAUAUCCCAAUUCUUGAAUUACAUUCAGAAACUUUGGGGAGUAGGUUAAUAGAGAAGGAUUAGUAGGUCUGAUUUCUUAAGAGCAUACAGGUUUCCAGAGCUCUUCUAAUUCCUCAUCUCAUCUGAUCUUUCUUGAAGUUUUUCAUCAAGCACACCUGUCUAUAAUUUGUGGGAUCCACACAAGAAUAUAGAGGAUCAUUAUACACUAAGCUAAACACUAUUAAAUAAAAUAUGUUCUCUUCUACAUCAAUGAGUAUGUAACCAUAAAGACCUGGGAGUCCAGGUUCAAAUUUAAAUUCUUAGACCCUUUGGACUUCUGUGCUAAAACACAGCAGUUUGGACAGAGCCACCCCCCAGCUCCUGGACUCUCCCCUUCUCUUCCCAUGCCCAGACCUCUCCUACACCAUAAAGACUUUGCACAUAGAUUUGUGAGCUCCCCAGCCCGCAUAUCCAAAAACUACACACCAUUUACUCACACAAAUAGCCAUCUGCUGGUCAUCACUAGGGGUGAUGCCUAGGGGUGCAUACAUUAGUCAUGAGGUUAACCCUUUAAGACAACAGAUACAAGGCAAAACCAGUACAAUUCCCUGAAGAAGGUUUGAGGCCAUCUGAGCACAAUAUCUAGGUAUCCUGUGUAACCAAAGCAUGUUCUAGAAGGGAUAGUGCAAGAUCCAGGUGGGCACAUCCUAUAGGUUCACCAACUUUUCAUCCUCUGGACUCUCAAAAACUCAAGACUUCUCUUGCCUUGGACUAUAGACAGUACUGCCAUCAAGGGCUGAGCUCUCUUGGAAAAGUUCUCAGAUCCUUGAGAUGAAGAGAAGCUGUGAUAAUUUGUAAUAUCAUUUGCAUGUAUUUCACAUCUCACUGGACAUGGACCUGCACCUUAGCUCCUGCCUUCCUCACUACCACAUUCCUGCCACAAGAGAAAACUCCAGGUCUCUCAAGUACACUCAGCCUCUUUUUUCUCCUGCCACCUUCCAUCCAACACCUUUCCCUACUGGCUCUGAGUUCUGCUGGGAUCUUGGUUACAGGUGUGAAACAAUAGUGAGGAGGAAGAGAGCUACUUGACCAACAGUCUCAGACACCCCCACCUGUACCAGACUUUUGCUGGUAAAGAUUCAAGCAGUAAGUGGCGCUCUCUCUCUCUCUCUCUCUCUCUCUCUCUCUCUCUCUCUCUCUCUCUCUCUCUCUCUCUCUUUCCCUCCCAACCUCCCUCAGGCACUGAUUCUCAAACCUGGUUGCAUAUUGUAAUUAAUUACCCAGGAACAAUUUUUUGAAUACCCAUGAUGAAGGGUCACACAUUCUGUGAUUCUGAUUUAAUUGACAUGGCAUGGAAACCAGUGCCUGACCUUUUGUUUUUAAGCUCCUCAGGUGAUUCUGCAAUGGCUGGUUAGAUACUUCUCUAGAUCAGCGGUUCUCAGACUUUAACAUUAGAAUCAUCUGGAGGACUUGUUAAAAUACAGAUGUCUGGGCCAAUCCCCAGCGUGUCUGAUUGAGUAGCCCUGGGCAAGGCCCAAGAAUUGGCAUUUCUAACAAGUUCCCAGGUUAUGCUGAUGCUGCUGGUCUUGCAACCACAGUUUGAGAACUGUUAUGGGAUAUAUUCUAUAUAACCUUAAUGUUCAAAAUGUAGCCUGCAGACUGGAAGCCAUAGUAUCACUUGGGAUUUUGUUAGGAAUAUAGAAUUUCAGGACCCCCCACCCAAGAUCUAAGGAAUCACAAUGCUAUCAAGACCCAUAGGUGGUUUAUUUGCAUGUUGAAGUUUGAGAAGCAUUGCUAGAGUUUUUAAUCAUAAAGAGCUAUAUCCUGACUCCUGCUUUAUAGCUACAUUCUACUCAGCCCACAUCACCAUGUGGGGAAGACCCUUUAUCUCACAGCCAUGUUCCCCUAAACUCUGGGUUCCUUCCAGUAGGUCCGAUGUCCACCGCUCUCCUCUCCUUGUCAAGGAAGGACAACAAAUCUCACAUAGGUGGUUAUUGCAGCUAAAAUGUCUUUCCUUUCUAUGUGAGUUUAGCAUUACCUGUGUCACAGGUAUCCCUCUGAACACUUUAACUAAAGAUUUAUUAUUUAAAAUAAGUAUAAGUGAGGCUCCCAUAGUGUUUACCACCUAACCCCUAGGACUGUAGAGAAGAUGGCAUCAAGAAAAAAUGAUUUUUCUAAUAGUAGGAAUUGAAAUCCUUCUUGAAUGAAGUCAAUGAGUCUUGUUUAGAGUUCUUUCCUUUUUGAAUGUGUUAGUACUAUUUACUGUAAUUCCUCACCCAAUAGUCAUUUGGGUCAAUACUCUAAAUUUACUGUGUUACUUGUCCAGAAUCACAGAGAUAUCUACACUUCUAACUCUUCUAAUUUUCUGUGAUUUUUAGAGUCCUAGUCACUUUUCUUUCUCUCGUACUCAUUACUUUCAUCUCCAGAUAUAUAAAUUAUAUGUAUAUAAUAGUCACCCACAAAAGAAGUAAAUAUCAGAAGGCAGCAAUAUAUUAUAUAUAGUUGGGAGAAGUUUAGGAUAUGGAGUCAAAUGACCCACUCUACUUACUCAAUGAUACUAUAAAAAUCACUUAUCUUUAAUUUCAUCCUGCAUAAUAGGAGACUAAUAAUUUGUGUGUGUGUGUGUGUGUGUGUGUGUGUGUGUACUAGGCAUUUAUGUAGAGUUUCCACCCCUUAUAGAGAGUUGGUGAAGGCAAUGUAACAUAUUAGAACAACAAUGGUGUUGCUGAUUUUAGAAAAAGUAAUCAUGGGCAUAAAAUAUUUAGAUCAGUGAUUCUCAAUCCUAAAAUUUUUUUAAAUUGCUAUUUCCUGGACCCUGGCCAAUGGAGUUAAAUGCGAAUCUCUAAGAUUUGGACUUGGGCAUAGCUGUUUAUUCUUCUUUUAAAGCUUUCCUAUUGCUGCAUAGCAAACCACCCAAAAGGUAGCGUCUUAAAGAAAAAGUUCUUAUUUCUCAC